CCGUCGCUGCAGUGCUUUGCUGCUCUCCUCUCUCUCUCUCUCUCUCUUUCUUUCUUCCUCGCUUUCGUUCCCAGCGCCUCGCCUCUUCCUCCACCGUCUCUUCCACAUCCUUCUCCUCCUCCUCCCCUUGCGGAUGCCUCAGCCUUGCACCCCCGGCCCAGGAUCCCGGCAAAUGGUCGCUCCAUCCCCGGCAACUCUGGACGCAGGACGCAGCGAAAAGGCGCACCGCUCCGUUGUGAUCUGAUCUGAGCACACUGCGGAUUGACUUGAAAGAGAGGCGGACCGAGGGGCAGAAGGGAAACGAGGGGAAGCCGGACGCUGACAGUGGCCAGGAUCUCAUUUCGCAAUGCCGGUGCCAGAUCAGCCUGCAGAGCAGGAGAAGGGGGCCAUGGUUGCCCCUGUGAUGCCAGCCUCCAAUGGAGACAGAUCUGAGACGGAGACGACCUCCUCCAUCCUCGCCUCUGUCAAAGAACAGGAGCUUCAGUUUGAACGCCUGACCAGGGAACUUGAGGCAGAGCGUCAGAUUGUCGCCACCCAGCUGGAGAGAUGCAAACUGGGAUCAGAGGCAGGCAGCAUGAGCAGCAUCAGCUCAACAGAUGAGCAGUUUCGCUGGAACGCUCAAGCGGAUGGACAGAAGGACAUCGAGGAUGAGUUGACCACUGGUUUGGAGUUGGUGGAUUCCUGCAUUCGCUCCCUCCAGGAAUCAGGAAUACUUGACAGUGGAGAACGACCGGCUCUUCUUUCCCAGAGUUCCUUGCAGCUCAACUCCACCCCGGAGGCUUCGCUCCAGUACUCUGCCAGCUACCAUAGCAACCAGACCCUCGCCCUUAGCGACAGCAUCUCCGCAGCAACUCCUCAGCGCAGUGGGCAGGUUGGAGGAGCCGUGCACAGCUACAACCAGGUGACAUCUACUCGUGCAGCCCAGCAGCAACAAUCACAAACUGGGGCAGGGUCAGGUAUCUACUAUUCCAGCUCCACCUUACCCAGCCAGCGUGUCAGUUCCCCUCUCUCUGGAGGAGGAGGAGGAGGCUCGGGAUCCAGUUCCCCGGGUAAACUCCAACGCCUGGGAUCAGCCUCUGACACACCGGGGUACUCGACUACUCAGCGCCUGCCAUCCUCCUCCUCCUCUCCCAGCAAACAGUCUCCUGCUAAUCGACUGGCCAAGUCAUACAGCACCACAGUUGCUGUGACAACAGCAGGAGGGGGCGGGUCUCCCCUGAGAGUCGCAUCUCCACCCAACUCUACAGCGGCAGGGGGAGGGGCCAGCUCAUCAUCGUCCCCUCUUCACCAGAUGAGUUCAGGCAUAGGGAGCUAUGCCACUCUGUCUCCCAAACGACUGGCAGCUCACCACGCUUCUGACCAGUACAAGAUCUCCCACGAGCUCUACGCCACUGCUACACUUCAGAGGCCUGGCAGUCUGGCAGGCUCUCGUGGCUCCUACAGUAGUCAGCACAGUCAGGAGCCCCUUCGGCCCUUGGGGUCCCCAGAGCACCACAUAGAUCCCAUCUAUGAAGAGCGUGUCUACCACAACAAGGGCCCCAUGAGGAGCCUUAGCCAGAGCCAGGGGCCAGACACAGGCCCUUAUCGCAACAACACCGCUCCCUCCUCCCCUGGUGUCGACUCCGCCCCUUUGCAGCGCACAGGAAGCCACGGCACGGGUACAGGAAACUACAGCCGUGGUGGCACCAACAACUACGCAACAGUGGGACCUGGCUACACCUCAAGCGGAGGUGGCGGGGACGUGUAUGGCUCAGACCCCUAUGUGGCGGACCCCUACCGCACCUUGCAGUACUGCCCCUCGGUGGUGGAAUCGCCCUACAGCAAAUCUGGACCAGCCCUGCCGCCUGAGGGCAGCCUGCAGCGCUCGCCUUCUAUCGACUCUAUUCAGAAAGACCCCAGAGAGUUUGGUUGGAGAGAUCCGGAGCUGCCAGAGGUGAUCCAGAUGUUGCAGCACCAGUUCCCAUCGGUGCAGUCCAACGCUGCAGCCUACCUUCAGCAUCUCUGCUUCGGAGACAACAAGAUCAAAGCCGAGAUCCGCAGACAGGGAGGCAUCCAGCUGCUGGUCGACCUGCUGGACCACAGGAUGAGCGAGGUUCAUCGCAGCGCCUGCGGAGCCCUGAGGAACCUGGUGUACGGCAAGGCCAACGAUGAGAACAAAGUGGCCCUGAAGAACUGCGGGGGGAUUCCUGCUUUGGUCCGUCUGCUGAGGAAGACUGGGGAUGUGGAAAUCAGAGAGCUGGUCACAGGCGUGCUAUGGAACCUGUCGUCAUGUGACGCUCUGAAGAUGCCGAUCAUCCAGGACGCCCUGGCCGUCCUCACCAACAGCGUCAUCAUACCCCACUCUAACUGGGACUCCUCCCCCAAUCACCAUGACGACCGCAAGCUCCAUCUUCAUACCUCGCAGGUGCUGCGCAACGCUACAGGCUGCCUCAGGAAUGUAAGCUCCGCAGGUGAGGAGGCGAGACGAAGGAUGAGGGAGUGUGACGGCCUGACAGAUGCUCUGCUCUACGUCAUCCAGACCUCUCUGGGCAGCGGCGAGAUCGACAGCAAGACUGUAGAGAACUGUGUUUGCAUCCUGAGGAACCUGUCGUACCGCUUGGCAGCCGAGACGUCCCACGGCCAGCAGGGGGGGCUGGAGGAGCUGGAUGGUCUGCUCUGUGAUGCCAACGGCCGUGACGGAGAGAGCUCUGGCUGCUGGGGCAAGAAGAAGAAGAAAAAGAAGGGAGCUGAUCAGUGGGAUGGCGUGGGCCCCUUCCCGGACACAGCCGAGCCCCCCAAAGGGGUUCAGAUGCUGUGGCACCCCACCAUCGUCAAGCCCUACCUCACCCUGCUGUCUGAAUGCUCCAACCCGGACACCCUGGAGGGAGCAGCCGGGGCUCUGCAGAACCUGGCUGCAGGCAGCUGGAAGUGGUCGGUGUACAUCCGGGCUGCUGUGCGUAAGGAGAAGGGCCUUCCCAUCCUGGUGGAGUUACUGAGGAUAGACAACGACAAGGUGGUGUGUGCCGUGGCCACCGCUCUCAGAAAUAUGGCCCUGGACAUCAGGAACAAGGAGCUCAUUGGUAAAUAUGCCAUGAGAGAUUUGAUCCAUCGGUUACCAGGCAGUAGCAGCAGCAGCAACAAUAACGCCACCAGCAGUGGGACCUCCGGGACCACAGGCCCUCCCAGCAAGGCCAUGUCAGAUGAUACGGUAACUGCCAUCUGCUGCGCACUGCACGAAGUCAUCACCAAGAACAUGGAGAACGCCAAAGCCCUGCGUGAUGCUGGCGGCAUAGAAAAACUCAUCGGUAUCGCCCGCAGCAAAGGAGACAAACACUCGGCAAAGGUGGUGAAGGCAGCCUCUCAGGUCCUCAGCAGUAUGUGGCAGUACAGAGACCUGCGCUCCCUCUACAAGAAGGAUGGUUACUCCCAGUAUCACUUUGUGGGCUCUGCCUCAACGAUAGAGAGAGACAGACAGAGGCCCUACUCCUCCUCACGAACUCCCUCCGUGUCCCCUGUCAGGACGUCCCCAAAUAACCGCUCUGCGAGCGCUCCAGCCUCCCCCAGAGAGAUGAUGAGUCUGAAGGAACGCAAGAUGGACUACGAUUCCACGGCAACCAACGCUGGUUUCCAUAGCAACAAAGGAGAGCACACAUCCCGGAAAGACGGCAUGGCAGUUCAAGUAUCCUGCGGGACAUCUACGUUGUUCCGAAACUCUUACCUGACUGCCAGCGAUGACAUUAAGCAAAACCAGGCUCCGGCCCAGCCCUGCGUCGUGCCUCCCCAGCCCCAGCAGGACAGCCCGCCAGCAGCCGUGCUAAAAGAUUACGACCCCUACCCUCCCCCUCCUUCCUUCCCCCAGCCUCAGCCGCCGCAGCCUCCACCUCACAGCCAGAGUCGGAGCUUCAACGAGGUCUACUACGAGGACCAGGGACCUCCGCCUCCUCCGUCUCAGCCACAGCCGCAGGUCCAGGCGCAGGCCCAGCCUCAGGCCCAACCCCAGCAGCCUCCGAGCUCCACCGGACCGCCCCGAGACCCACGGGAAGACCUGCGCAUGCAUCUGGGCCUCAAAUCCACCGGGAACUACGUAGACUUCUACUCGGCCUCUCGGCCGUACAGCGAACUGAACUACGAGACCAGCCACUACCCGGCCUCGCCUGACUCCUGGGUCUAGUUAGACUAUGAUGAUGGGGGGGCAAGAGAGAGUCUGAGUGUGUGUGUGUGAAAGGGAUUAUUUUUGCAAGCGAUCAACAGCAGAUUAACACAAGGUGACAGCAAGUGGCAUGUUGAAACGGGGUCUUGUAGCCAGUGGCAGGAAAUUUGUGUUCUCUAAAAUAAGGGGGAAGCUAGACGGGGUUAAGAAAUGAAGUCAGGUCGAGUGACAAAGAGAGACUGUGCAUGUGCAUGCGGACAUUUUCCUUUUCUUUUUUUUUUCCAAACCACUUUAUUUCUUCAAAGUCAGCUCCAUUGCACCGGUGAGUGGAUAAGGAGGAAGUAGAUAUGAAGAAGUGUGUUUGAAAGGCUGAGAGAGGAGUGGGCAGUAGAAUAUUGAAAGAGAGAAAAUGACCAGGCGGAGAGAGUGCGUAGAGACCUAGAGAGGAGAAGAGAGAUGGGAUCAAGAAAUAAUGGGGAGCGGAUGAGGGUGAGCUCUUACUCUGUAGGAGCAGGGAGUGUCCUGACCUUUUGUUGAAGACAGAGCGGACGAGGGAAGGGACAAAGAUGGCAUAUGGGUUCUUGAGGAGGUCAGGAGGAAUAAAAGCACAGAGAAAGAUGAAAGCACAUCAGGCACAAGGCAAGAAGUGGAUGUUUACCAUUUCAACCAAGUGACAAACGUAGCACCGCUUUUAACCCCUCCCCCCCUUUUUGUUGCGAUGGCCUUGCAGCCUACGGAGGCUUCUUGUUUUCAAGGAAUGUCAUCUUCAACAGACUUCUUUUUCGUCACCAUUCUUUUACAUCUUUUUUUUAUUUGUACUUUUCUAAAUUUUCACUUUCACAAAAGCAUUUUUAUUUUCUGUGUACAGUUCAAAGGUGAUAUAGUGUGUAUAUUACACAUGUUUUUGAUGGGGCCACUUGUGAAAAUAUGAUUUCUUUUUUCAUGACUGACUACUGACUGAAACAACAAAAGCAACAAAAACAAGUGAAACGCGAACACAAGAAGCAGAAAAGACAGACAUCGUCAGGAUGGAUGUCAGUGGACACCUUUUGUUUUUGCCCUUUUCCCAAGCCGGAGAGGAAACCCUGAGGAAUUUGUGUUUUUCUCUCUCCAUCAAAUGAAUUUCGUUGUGGACAUGCUCAAACGUCAAGAGCAGUUCAAGGCUGCCAGAGCAUCAGAUUGGCAGAGCAGCAUCGCUCCAGAGUCCCUGUCAACAAAAGUGCUUUUUCACUGCCUAAAGAAUCUAUGUGUAUGUUUAAAGCACACUCUCUGUCUUUGGAAAGGGUUGUCUUUUCCUUUUGGGGAGCUGAUAUGUCUGACCAUGUCGACUCUCAGUGGUUUCUCAUCAUCACUUGUGCAUAAAAACUGGUCCGUCCGACAAGAGCCACCAUGACUAUUGUACAUUUCAGUGUACAGUAGAGAUAAAGAGACAGAGAGAGACAUGACAUUGUGCCAAACUUUGACACCUCGUGGACCAGUCCUCAUGGACUUUAAAGGGACAUUCUGUCGAAGUUUACAGACAAUGACUGGAUGACUCCCUCUGCUGUUUGUAACGUUUAUUUUCUUGUGUUUUGAUCAGGUGAAGCUGUACUUAUUGCUGGGGAUCAUGGGUAACAUCUCCCUCCCAUAGAUGUACAGACCUGCCUCUCUGUGUUGGCUGAGCAUGUGUGGGCGUGUUUGUGUGGGGACACGUGUGCGUGCGUGCGUUUGUGUACGUGUGCAUGUAUGUGACAGAAUGCGUGGCCCGUGUGUGUAAACGUAAACUUGAGCGAGUGUAUCUAUGCAUGCAUGUGUGUAGUAGCGUGUGUGUGUGUGUGCGUGCGUGUGUGCCUCUGUUGCGUGUAUGUGCGUUCCUGUAUAAAUCAAUGUCCAAACAAGGCAUUCCUACCGACAGUUUGUCCAGUUUUACAACAAGAAAAACCAAGGUAAAAAUCACUAGAAUGAAUUGUUGAUAUAGAAUGACAAAUCUAUGAAUAUAUGAAUAUAAAUAUAAAUAUAUAUAUAUAAUUUUUAUGUGCAGAUGUCAGUGUCACUAAAUGCAACAAAUGUUCGCAGAGAAAAAAUGAUUAUGUGGUGUACAACAGGACUCUUGUUCACUUGACCUAAACGUGGAAGCUGCUGAUCAGGCCCCCCCCCCCCCCUCCCCCCCAAUCGAGACAAAAGAGAAACCCCACCUGAAGAUGCUCAGGCUCUGGUGCGAGUUGUGUGUUAUUGUGUGUCCAUGCUUCUUAGAUGACCCUGCUGAGAGAGGACCGUACUUGAACACAAGGAAAAA